UACAGAUACAGACUAACACGGCUGCUACUCUGAAAAAUGACUGCAAAAAAGAUCAUGUUAUACUGGGCUUCUGGAGAAGUUUAUGAGAACAGAUUUGCAUACAUUUUCUACAUAAAUUGUAGAGAAAUAAACUAUGGGAGUAAGCAAGGAACAGUGGUUGACUGGAUUAGGAAAAAUUGCCCUGACAAAAAUGUACCAAUUAAUGAGAUUUUGUUAAAUCAAGAAAAACUUCUCUUCGUGAUUGAUGGUUUUGAUGAACUGAGGUUUUCCUUUGAUCGAAAGGAAGAUAGUCUGUGCACAGAUCCCUGGAAGGAGAUGCCAAUGGAAGAUGCACUGAGCAGUUUAUUUAGGAAAAAGCUACUUCCUAAAUCCUACUUAAUGGUCACUACGAUACCCACUGCUCUGGAGAAACUUGGGCAGUGUUUGGAGUGUUCACGUUAUGCAGAGAUCCUGGGAUUUUCUGAAGAGGACAGGAAGGAAUAUUUCCACAAGUUCUUUGGGGAUAUUGAUGCAACAAUAGCCUUUGACUUUGUGAAACAAAAUGAGAUGCUUUUCACCAUGUGCUUUGUCCCCAUUGUGUGUUGUAUCACCUGCACUGUUAUGAUACAACAGCUGGAGGCAGGUAAAGAUUUUGCACAAAAUUCAAAAACACUCACUGCUGUGUAUGUGCUUUUCUUAUACAGUUUAUUAGAGCCACACAGCCACAGUCCAAACCAAAACAUGCAAGAUAAUCUGAAGAAACUUUGUUCCUUGGCUGCAGAUGGAAUUUGGAAACAGAAAAUACUGUUUGGGGAGGAAGAAAUAAAGGAGUACAGUUUAGAUGAAUUCUACUCUCUCCCCCUCUUUCUGAAUGAGAGUGUUGUUAAAAGAGACAUUGAUUGUGUAAGUGUCUACAGCUUCAUUCACUUAAGCUUCCAAGAGUUUUUUGCUGCUUUGUUUUAUGUACUAGAGGAAGAUGAACAAAUGAAAUGUUCAGUGACUCCCAACAGAGAUGCAAAACUAUUGUUAGAAAACUAUGGAAAAUCUGGAAAUUAUUUAAUGUUAACAGUGCGAUUUCUGUUUGGUCUCUUAAAUGAAAAGACAAUGAAGGACACGAAGAAAAAAAUUGGCUUGAAGAUUUCACCUAAUAUAAAGCCAGAUUUACUGAAGAGGGUAAAAACAAAACAAAAAAAUUUGUCGUUUUCCUCUUCACACGAUGAGCUGAUUUACAAACUUGAAGAGUUUCACUGUAUGUACGAGAUCCAAGAAGAAAGUUUUGUGAAAAGUGCUUUGGAUCAUUUCACUGAAAUAGAUAUAAGUAAUUAUUCCUUAACCCAAAUGGAUCAAAUGGUUAUUUCAUUCUUUGUAAAGAGUUUUCCUACACUGAAGUCACUUUGGCUGUCUGGAUGUAGAUUUGGAGUUGAAGACAAGAAUGAAGAAUUACCCCCACCACCAGCUAAGCGGUUAUGUCUGCAAGAAAAGGCUGAGUCAAAUAAUUUACCUGUCUACCUGCUGUGUCAAGCACUGAAGGAUCCAAACUGUAAGUUAAAGAAACUGAAGUUAGAGAAGUGCAAUCUCACAGUUGCUUGUUAUAGGGUUCUGUCUUCUGCUCUCAGCAUUAAUCAGACCCUGAGAGAGCUGGACCUGAGCUAUAAUGACCAGGGAAAACAAGGAGUGCUGGACCUAUGUAAGGGACUAAAACAUCCAAACUGCAAACACUCAGGUAAGUAGCCACAAGUAUGUACAUAGCCCACCAGGGUGUGUGGCUAGCUGACUUUAGGUGUAUGAGAAGACUGAAAACCAAGUGUGUCUCUAGCACUUAAAAUGUCAAUAGUUCAUAUUGUGUGUGUAUCCUGGAAGGUUUAUAACAUUUUAGAUAAGAGUGGGUUAAACAAGAGCACUGUAUCAGAACCCCUCUGAACUCAGGGGAAAACACUUACAACUUUUUAAAUAAAGAAAAUCACACAAUGCAUUUUCCAAGAAAAAUUGGAACAUCAUGUUACUCUUUUCGAUAAUAGCCUACUUUAAGUACUUGUUAUUUCAAAAGUUAUUUUACAUUAAUUUUCAUUUAAAACAAAUAAAGUACUGUUGACGUC